GAAUCUCGGACCAUGAGGGACAGAUGGAGCCGUUUCCAGCUAUUGCUGUUCUGGCUAACAGUCUUGGCCGUCUGGGCCUUUGAAGUGGAGGCCAGGAAGCGCGUUAAGCUCGGAUUGCACAAGAAUCCCGAGCCCAUCGAGGAGAACAUAAAGAACGAACUGAAGACGCUGUCCAUCAAGCACAAGUUGAAGGCGGAUGAUACACAGGCCACCACGAAGCAGGACACAAAGUCACAAGGCACAGGAUCCCGAGUCGCCACACUGGAAAAUCGCUACAACACGGAGUACUACACAACGCUGGGAUUCGGCAAUCCGCCCCAGGCUAUGCAGGUGCUGAUCGACACGGGCUCGGCGAAUCUCUGGGUGCUUUCGUCCAAGUGUCCGGACUCGGUGGCACCCUGUGCCAAUCGCAUCAAGUACAACUCAAGUGCUUCGACUACCUACAGGGCUAUCAACUCCACAUUCAGCAUUGCAUAUGGCUCCAAUUCGGAGGAUGGACCCAUAGCACUCUCCGGCUUUCAGUCGCAGGACACGGUGAACUUCGGCGGAUACUCCAUUAAGAAUCAGAUCUUCGCCGAAAUCAACUAUGCACCAGAUACCGCCUUCCUGAAGUCCGAGUUCGUUGGGAUUGUGGGAUUGGGGUUCUCCAGCAUAGCCAUGGGCGGUAUCACGCCACCCUUCUACAACUUGGUGGCCGAAGGCCUAAUAAGCCGAGCUGUGUUCUCCAUCUACUUGAAUAGAAAUGGCACAGAUGCCACUCACGGCGGGGAGCUGAUCCUGGGAGGCACCGAUUCGGGUCUGUACAGUGGCUGCUUGACCUAUGUGCCCGUUUCCAGCGCAGGAUAUUGGCAAUUUACGAUGACGAGCGCCACGGUGAAUGGGUUUCAGUUUUGUGAGAACUGCGAGGCCAUACUCGAUGUGGGCACUUCCCUAAUUGUGGUGCCUGAGCCAGUCCUAGCUGCCAUCAACCAAAUAUUGGGCGUUCUCGACGCAACCCCUUCGAAUGGCGUCUACCAAGUAAAUUGCUCCACGGUCAGCGAGCUGCCGGACGUAGUCCUCACCAUUGCCCGCCGGAAGUUCCCCUUGAAGUUCAGCGACUAUGUGCUGCGUUACGGGAACACUUGCGUCUCGGGAUUCACCAGCAUGAAAGGCAACAACCUGCUGAUUCUGGGCGAGAUCUUCCUGGGCGCCUACUAUACGGUCUACGAUACUGUCUACAAGCUCAUUGGACUGGCACCAGCAGUUCAUUAG